AUGAUUUCCUUAAAGAAAGACAAUAUGAAAGAAAUGUCAGACAGACAAUUGUCAUCGAACGAAAUCGAAAAGGUUUUGGAACUUCAAAAUUCGAAUUUGCUUCGCAGAUUGCCGGGUUUCGGUUUUCCCGAUUUCGGAUUGGGAACACACGGGUUGGGUUUACCACCGUCGGAAGAUUCUAACGUGACUAUUUUCAGCAAUCAUAAAAAUUUCGAAGGAAUGUUGGAACAGCAAAAAAUGAUACAAAGUUUAUUGAAACACUAUCAGAAAAAUUUAGUCGCGGAUAACACGUGGAUGAAUUCAUCCAAAAGUCUUGACUUGAAGUGUAAAAAACGUUUUUCGACGGGUGAUUUAGACGUGGAAAUGAGGAGGGAAAUGGAGAAACCGGUCAAGGAAAACAUUCCGAUGGAAGAAGUUAAAAAUAAAAUGAAAAUAAAAAAAGACGAAGAUGGAAAAGUUUUUUCGAAACAAAGGAAAACGAAUUUCACGUCGAAAGAAGUGGAAACACUUUUGGAUUGCGUACGAAAGAAAAAAGAAGUUAUUUUGUUUGGAGUUGCCGUCGAAGGAAUACCAAGAUCGGAAGGUGACGUCCGGAAAAAAUGGACAUACUUAAAAUGGGAAGCUAAAAACACGAGCAAACCGGGAAGGGAUCCGGUUUCGAAACAAGUUUUGAAUAUUCUCACGUCUAGAGAUAGAGAAGUACAGGAAGCGAUGAAUUUAAGGAAUCUGGAUUUUACGGACGAUGGUGAGUGGUUUUUAAAACCUUUUUGCCAUGGGUGUUUGGAUGCAGGGAAAAACUCUUGA